AAAAAUUCGUUGUUCGCGGCGGUUCAAACAGGGCGUUUGUGUACAAAGAAGAUUUAUACGCAUAUUGCUCCUAAUUUAGCAAACAUACGACAUUACCAAACGUUUAUUAGCCAUGACAGAAUUACUUUUUAAUUCGUUGUUGCAAGUUCGCGUGAAGUGCAAAGACUGCGAUGACAGGAAAACAGAUAUUCGAGUCACCGUUGAGCAGCAAUUGACAUUGCAUCCAGUCCACAAGCGGGAGCUUCUGGAGGAGAAGCAGUUGUUGGAACAGAGGUUUAAGAAGACCGAAGAUGACCUCUCUAGGCAGCUUAGCUACACACAACAGAACCUGUCUGAGAAGAGUACAGAGUUGGACAAACUGCGAUCCGAAUGGGCUUGUCAGACCACCUCACUCUCCAGUCGCCACACUCAAGACCUCACUGCAGAGAGGGAGAAGGCUCUGGAGACACAAACCAAGCUUUUGCAACAGAGUGAACAGCUGCGCAAGGACCUGGAGAGCACUCAUACGAGGAUCACACAGCAGCUACAAAACCAGCUGGCCGAGGCAGAAACCUCCAGCAGGGACCUAACCGAAAAGAGAUACAAGAAUGAGUCGACCAUCCGAGACCUGAAAUCCAAACUUGUGGGACUGGAAGACGAGUCGCAUCGGGCAAAGCAGCAGGUUCUGUCUCUGAGGAGGGAGAAUAGCACACUAGACACAGAGUGCCACGAGAAGGAGCGUCUCGUCAACCAGCUACAGAUGCGCGUGGCUGUGCUGGAGCAGGAGGUCAAAGACAAAGAACAGCUGAUGUUCCGCACCAAAGAGGUCCUUGAAGCCGCCCAGCUGCAGAGGGGCAGGGCGGAGGAAACUGGAGAAAGCAGGCAAGUCCAGAUAGGGAAACUGGAGAGCACCGUCAAAACCCUGUCGGAAGAGCUCAUGAAAGCCAACAGCAUCAUCAAGAAGCUGCAGGGGGAUGUCAGAGGCCUGGUAGAGAAGAUCAAAUUGAAGAACACGGUGACCGUGGCACAGGAGAAGGUGCUCCAGGAGACCACUGAAAAGCUGCACACGGCGGAGAGGGACCUGCUGGACAGUCAGCAGCAGCUCAAACACAAAAUGGAGGAGGCGCUGAGGCUGAAGGAGCAGUUGGAAACGACCAUUCAGAAACUAGAUCAGAGCAGGGAGGUGCUGAAAACCAACGAGAAUGUCAUCAACUGGCUGAAUAAGCAGCUGAACGAGAACCAGCUGGCCAGAAAGCCCGAAAGCCCUUCCGCGUUUCAGACCCCUCCAGCUGUCUCGGCUGCUGCAGGGGGACUAAGGAUGGGCAGCGCUCCUCACGGCUUUGUCCAGUUUAACCCCGCGUGUCCCAAACCUGUCCUGUCGCCAGUGGGCAUCCAAGAUGGCCGCCCCAGUGCACCACGUCCUAUGCAUCCCUCCAACAAGGAGAAUGGGGAGCCAGUUGGAUUGGAGUCCAAGUACUUUGAGAGGCGAGAAGACAGCAUCCCUCUCCAUGGACUGUUGGCUAAUUACAAUCCUCGAGAGGUCCCUAGGCCUCCACUGAAGCACUCUCUGUCCUCAGCUUAUUUCACUGGCUGAGACGUAAAUAGCAAAACUUUUGUUUACUCAACUACUCCUCUUUAAGUACAAAAGUGCUUUGCUUUGGGAGUUUGGACCCCCACUUUGAGUGUUUUUCAAUGUUUGUUGUCAUUUGUUAUACAUUAUUAUAUAUUAAAAUAUUGUAUUUUAAAGGUAUUCUGAUGAAGUACUGUUGUUCAUCUAAACCUUUGUGUUCUGUAUAGAUAACUCAAAUGGUUGUGCUAUAAUAAAAGGCAGAGUCCACAUUAUCAUUCCUUUUUGGUCGAUUUCUUAGUGUGUAAGUGUCAAGUUGAAGUCAGAAUAUCUUCUAAUGCUUGCAGGGAUUUGCCAACUGUUUACUCUGUGGAUUAUAACUACGAUUAUUGCCUUGAUAUUGUAUUAAAAUCCACAUGAACAAAUUUUGUUCUCCAUUUUUAUUUGCUAUUAUGUACUUGACAUUAGAUGAAAUAUUGUGAUAAAAUUAAGAUGGGAUUUUAUUUACUAAAUGUUGUUUGAUUAGUGAUGCCUUCUAGAAAGGAAUGAUGUAUCUCAGAGCAUUGACAUCUGUUAGGGGGACAUUUCCUCAACCCAUUCCAUUAACACUCCAUUUACAGACAGUUAAUGUAUUAAAGUCUAAAUGACCACAUGUCAAUCAGGAGAAAAUUUAUUAAACUGCACAAAAGCCUUGACUUUUCCACAAGUACACAAAAUCAUAAAUAUCCCAAAUCAAUAGUUUUACCCUUCCUACACAAAAUGUGAUUUGAAUCAUUG